CCUUUUCCGCCGUACGCCGAAAAUAUCGCCGUACCCGCUAAAAACUAUCGCCGUACCCGCUAGGCUCGCCGUACCCGCUAAAAAAUAUCGCCGUACCCUAAAAAUCUCGCCGUACCCGUCCCUUUCCGCCGUACGAAACAGCCGACACCGCUCAGCCACAGGGCCUACUCAAACGAAAGUCGCGUCUAAAUACCCUGUACGGCAACGAUACACGGUCUCAAAUAGCCUAUGCUAUGGGAAACAUCCCUGGCCACCUAUCUGCCCAGCGGCGUUGUACAAAUCGCACCCAAUCCUGAGAACACUUCUGCAAACUGUGGUGAGAAGCGGUUUCGAGAAGCGGAAAUCAACCGCGUAACCCGGAAGUGUCACAAUCCUCUGUGGCGGGAAACUUGUUUGGUACCCGUUUCAGCUUGCAGAGAGGUGUUGUAAAAAGGUUGGUGAAACGUCAAGUAGAUUUUGACUAUUAAUGCGUGAAAUGUGCGGUUUUAUAUAAUUAACGUUAUAACAGCAGCAUUAUACAAAUGGUAACAUCAAAUGCCGGCCAGAAUUGCGUUCUACUAUGAAUUUCCAUAACGUCAACGUUAUAUGCAACAACAGGAAAGUUUUCAAUAGCAGUGGUUUAAAUGAUGAUAUAUGUCUGGACAUGUCUGUACACAGGGGUCUCUUAAUGGGUCUAUAGUUAUAAUAAUAAUAGUUAUAGAUAGGGUAAUGUGGGGCAAUUAAUAAGAUCUCUGUAAGAGUUUAGCAUGUGACUUCUGGGUGUUUUAUAACAUAGUGGGAUUGUGUUACUGCAAUGUGGUGACUUGAUGAGAUUGCAGCAUAAAAAUGCAACUUGUACACAAUCACAGAUAUUCCAUCGUGGGUUGAAUCACACUCCCACCACCAGAAAUGAAUAUCAUCACUGACACCCCAACACCUGGAGUCACAGGGGACACCCCAACACCUGGAGUCACAGGGGACACCCCAACACCUGGAGUCACAGGGGACACCCCAACAACUGGAGACACAGGGGACACCCAUACCCCGGCACCUGGAGUCACAGGGGACACCCAUACCCCAGCACCUGGAGACACAGGGGAAACCCAUACCCCAGCACCUGGAGACACAGGGGAAACCCAUACCCCAGCACCUGGAGACACAGGGGAAACCCAUACCACAGCACCUGGAGACACAGGGGAAACCCAUACCACAGCACCUGGAGACACAGGGGAAACCCAUACCACAGCACCUGGAGACACAGGGGACACCCCAGCGCCUGAAGUCACAGGUCAGGACACAAAUGACACAUUUGCAGCGUCCACGAAUACCAUCCUGUGCGACACAUGCGGAAAAGAUGUGCUAGAAGCAAAAUACACAAAACAUUGCCUUCGGCACAGAGCUACACAUGUUUGCAACACAUGCAGAAAAGCUUUUCAUGAAAGGUUUGCUCUAAAAAAACACAUAGAAUUCCAGCAUAACUGCGUCCUCUGUCCUGAGUGUGGAAAGUCCUUCAGAUCCUACAGUGGUUUCCAAAAGCAUAGUCACAUGCAUAAACCAACACAACACAACUGUAAAUCCUGCAACCUCACAUUUUCAUCCAAGGCUCAAUUAUACAAUCAUCGGAGCAAGGCACACCUCCCUCAAAAAUCAUGCAACACAUGUGGAAAAGCCUUUUCCAAGAAGUGUCAUCUGACAGAUCACAUGAAGACACAUGAGGGUGAGGAGGCAAAGGUGCACAAGUGCACUCAGUGCCAUGCAUCGUUCAAGCAGAGACAAUCCUUAACAAGACACAUGAGCACACAUGAGGACCUGAGGACAUGCGACUUGUGCAACAAAACCUACCAUGGAUCUAGGCAGCUGGCACGCCACCUUGCAACAGUACACAAGAACUCAACAUAAAUGACCAUCAUCCUGCAUUAUAUUC